AUGAUAAUAUUAUUGUUUGAUGAAGAAAAAGAUGCUUAUUGGUGGAUUCUUUGUUUUAAGAAAUUCUUCAAGGAGCAUGGAACACCUGAGUCAUUGAAGGUGUUGAAAGUUUUUGGAGCUUUAAGAGGUUCUGCUCUUAAAUGGUGGAUAUGGGGGUCUCGUGUUCAUCGCAGAUAUACUUGGGAUACAUUUACAACAACUUUGUUAUGGAGAUUUAAACCGAAAUAA